GCGUGUGUGGAGGCCGGAGCGGGGGAGAAAAUAGGAAGGGAAAAAAAAAAGGGAAAAUGAAAGCAAAACAAAAGAGAAAAAAAAAAAACUAUUUUUUGUAAAAAGCAGCGGGCGGAGCACACCACGCUCUCAGCUGAGUACGAGGUGGCCCUGCUGCCCUCCCUCAGAACAGAAUCAUGGUGUGCACCUCAGGGCUGCCAUCUUCCCACACCACCAUCUCCCCACGCUGCUGUGGGCCUCAGCUGUAGCUGCUCCUGCCGCAGAUCUGAGGAGGCAGCUGUGUGCCAGCAGCUCUCUUCCAGCCAUCGUUCCCUGCCCCUCCUGAGUUGUUCCCUUUUUCAUCACAAAGCUCCAUGCUCCCUUCCUGCCAUGCAAAAUGGAGGUGCCCAGAGGCUCCCUUCUCCUGUGCAGCAUGGCAGCUUUGGAGUUGUGUCUAAAUUCAGUCACAAAACAGGGCCCCCAAAAGAGGAGUGUGAAAUGAGCCAUCUUCCACGCAGUAUUGCUCUUCAGGCAUCUAGUACCUGACCUCUGAAUAUCCCAUCCUUUCUCAGCAGUUCAAUGACUUCAGGAGGGGGGUGGCUUACAAUAGCUAAGGUUGGAAAAGAGCACCCAGUCCAACCAUAAACCCUUCCCCAUCACACCCCUUAGUGCCACAUCUGCCCUGUUCUUGAACACCUCCGGGGACAGUGACUACACCCCCUCCCUGGGCAGCCUGUGCCAAUGCUUCGCUUCUCCUGAGAAGAAAUUUUUCCUAAUAUCCAACCUGAAUGCAUACGUUGGCCUUCUCCAAUUAGCCCCUAUGAAAGGACCUGCAGGCCUCACAAUAGAGUGGGAAGUGACACAGCUUUCUGUAUAGCAUGUAUCUCUCAUCCAGGCUUGUGAUCAAGGCUGAAUUUAAUUUACGGUAAACAAAACAUUGUGUUCUGGUCUUUGGAAGUAAAGCUGACACUACUAAUUUUUCAAUAGAUGAAAGCCUGUGAGAUAUUGUAGGUUAACAACAAAGAAGCAUAAAUAAGCUCCCAUCUGAAAAAUUAAUAAAAUCUGUCUGACAGCAUAAAUGUUAACAUUCCUGCAAAGGUGCAUCAUUUAUGUGAAAACAUUUCUGCUCUGAUCUUGCAGAUGAUAGAGACACUAUCAGCAGUGAUGAGAUUAUGACUACAUGGGUAAUUAACUUGUAAUUCCUUACUGAAACAGCCAACAGUUGUACUGCUAAAAAUGUGAGGAAAUGACACCAAGUGUAAUUGGAAUGGAGGAAAAAGCAGAGUUCUGUUAAGAUGCAACAGACAUUUCCCAUCACACUGUUGUUUGAGCUCAAGAAGUGUACGCUGCAAUGUCCUCAAACACACUUCAGCAUCUCCUGCCGGCAAGGUUAGCUCACUCGCAAGUUUACAAGCAGAACGUCAUGUAUUCUGGACAACAAAGUUCUGUGGGUCUGAGUGGGUACAUAGAGCUCAAGUAAUCACAGUAAACACAAUCUUCAGCAGUAACAUAUGCCUAUUUUUUAUCAGGUGAUCCACUGCUGAGCACAGACUGAAGGGUUAUGUUUCUGUGAAAACCCUCCCCUGGCUUGGCCAUUAGCCACUUGCUUCACUAUAAAUAGCUUUCCAAAGGCCCAGCAUAUGCACACAGGGGGACGGUGUAUAAGUAGAAGUGCAUGUCAUGCAUUUUUUUUUCCCUAAAUUCUGGUGGUUUUUAGGUUUUCCUAGAUAUCUUUUCUAGAAUCCAAUCUAGACUCAAAUCACUAGCAACAUUUCUAGUAAUUUGAUACACAGAUUUUGCCAUAAAACUUUUGCAAAGAAUAACACAGACAUUUCAGUUUAACUGUUCCACUGUAUGCAUCUGUAUAUCCAUUUGAAUUUGUUUGUGAAGAACGCACAUUUUGUGCAUGCAACACAAGAUAAUGUGCCUAGAACUACAGCCUUGGAAAUCAUGUCUAGAGUCAAUGACUGCACUCUGCUGGGUUUGUUAAUAUCAGCUCAGAAACUGAGUGUGUGCUCUGGCUUUAGAGGGGUGUCUGUAUAAAUGUUCCAAGUACUCUGGAUCCAGGAAUCACACAGAACCAUCAGAGCCUUUUCUCAGUGGAUGGCAUUCAUCCUGGUGACACUCAAGUAGUGUGCUGCUCAAGGACAGCUGGAGCACAUCUAUAUUUGUGCCAUUGCUCAUUGCUGGCAUGUCCCUAUCUGAGGAAAGAGGCAGUCUAGAGUUACUGCAAUAAGUCUUCCAACUGCAGUCAUAGGAAAGUGGCAGGGAAUUGCUUUUGUGUGAAUUAAUUUUUACUUUGGGAAAUAAACGUGAAGUUUGAUGUCAUCUGAGCUAUCAGAAGAAUUUAUGACGUCUUAAAAUAGAAGGCAAGUUUUUAGGUAGUAACAUUCUUUCCUGUAUUUUUUUCAUUAUUGAUGGUCACGGACUUAAACAUUCUUCACUGUAAUUGUAUCUGCGUCUGUAAACUGAGCAAACAUAUCAUCUGAAAAUCUUAUUUAGGCAGCAGGGAUCCAGACAAGCUUAAUUAUGCUCAUUUUAAUUUAUAUAAUUUAAUUUUAUUUUGGUAGGAAAAAUACUUGUUCACUUUUUUAGUUAGUUGCAGCUUGCAAAGCAAACCUUAUUGUUACAAUUAUGGGGAAAAAAGUCUUUGUGGGAGCCAGACAACAUUUGCUGGUAUGUUUCAAAACCUUUUCUCUGUUCCAUAUGUUAGAAUUUGCAUGAUUUAUUUUAUUAGCUCUAGCAUAAAUAAUAGUAUUUCUGUAUAACUUCCGUGUUUUUUGUCUGUAGUAAGAAACUGCUCGCUCUAGAAUGUACAUUCUCUUCCGCAGUGCCAGAAGAGAACAGUGAACUUCUGUGUAUACUUUCUUAGAUACCUAGGGGGCUGGACUGUUUUCAGUCAUUGAUAUCCAACUGGUGAAUGGGAAAUUUCUUAGCUUUUUUCACCUGUUCAAUAAGUAGCUUUCUAAUAAGUCACUGAAUUUGUUGACAUUGACAGCAAAGUAAUCCUCAGGAAUAUUAGUAAAAUAUUGAUGAAACAAAUUUGAGGUUAAAACAAGUACUUGUAACUAUGAAGACUGUAAAAAGUAGUUUGAAAACAAAGCUCCUGAAAUCCUGAUGAGUGACUGAACUUUCAGCUUUUAGGGUUUUUUGUUUGUUUGUUUCUGUGAGAAAUUGGUUUCCAAGGUUUUAUCUGUUUCACUGAAUUAGACUAGAUGUAACUAAGAUUCAUUAAUAUUUGGCUGAAAUCUCUCCAUGAACUCUGCUGAUUGUAGUAGUCAAUUGCUAGAAAAACAGAGCUGAGUAGUUUUGCAGCCAUGAUUUUGCUGAGUGGUGGAGGGCUGAGGAGAUGUUGCAGGUCUGACAGAGCACCUGGUGGUCUCCCUGUACCAGUAUUAUUUCAUUUGUUGUUAUUAAUAGCAGGAUGGUGAGAAGGAGUGGGCCUGGGGAGUCAGCAUUAAGGUUUCUUUUAGUACCUUUAAUGUUGUCCCACAUGCAUCUGCUUUAUCAUACAGCUUUGCAUUUCACAUCCAUAUGUUCUUUUCACACCUCCCACAUUGCACAGAAUGGAUGAAGUAUGCAAGCUCCAGGUCAGAUCAGGCUUCUCUCAGUUCUAGGGUCUGCCUUGCUUCCUGGGCACUGUAUGAUUUAUCAUGGAGAUCAUCAUGGAUCUUUUUCUGCAAACUUCCUUUAUGUUAAAAAAUAUAUUUUCACAACACCUGAGAAUCCCCAAAGGGCAGUAUUUAUCCCUUUUCUAUGGAAAUGACAGGAGAACUGAAGUGAGAACAAAGCAAAAAGAAACAUCAAGUUUCAGUUUCAAGAAAGACAACCUGAAAAAUCUAGAACAGGAGUUUUCAGGUCAUUAGCUAACAUUUUAUGGGGCAUCAGUGAGAGAUGCAACAAGAGAGGGCAUCCUGAACUGCCUGAAUGACAGUUCAGAAACAGUGCUUGACAGCAGCUAAAGGGUAGACAGACCUCAGAUCAGUCCAUCUCCAAUUGCACAGAACACCACUAAAUGCACUUGAAACACAUCCCAGUGUAAAGCUGAAGAUGGGACUACUCCACAGUUUGGAAUUUAGAUUCAGGUCAUAGAUGAGUCACUCAGAAAAUACAAGAUACACACUAAAGACAGCUCUCUGCUGUACUUUGCACUGAGGUGAGAAAAGCCAAGCAUCCCAUUAGGAAAUGAAGCUUUAGCCUUUCCCAUGACUACCUCUAGGCCCAGAGCUGUCCUCAGCCAAACUUAUUCCUUUCUACAUUUUUAAGACAUAUCAUGCUUGAUAUCUAAGCAUAUAGCUAUUUUUUUUUUUCUUUUAUAGGACUGAGACUCAUCAUUUCAAAAGCCUCACAGAGGAUACCAAUGUCAUCCAGAUCUGUCCGUGCAAGAGAGUAUGAAAAUAGUGACCAAUUUCCUAGUCACUCAGCUUCUCCACCAGUCCCUAAUUCUAGUGAAACUGAAGGCUUGAUAUUUUAUCACAUGGAUCUUUAUGGAUCAGAUGAGAGAUUUGAUAUCUUUCCUGAAGAGCCAUCUGGUCAAGGAAACAGAUUUCUGAGAAAUACCAGAAGAGAAUCUGCACUGAGUAGUGAAAAACGUCGGAGCUCACAGGAAGCUGGGUAUGACUUGGAAAAGGAGGUUGCAGAGCUGGCCAAGAUGUAUGGGCUUGAUGAGGACAGAGAAAAAGAGCUUGAGCUUCUUGGAGGACAUCUGGAGACAGCGGACAGCAAAUGGCUACCUGCUCACACACAAAAGUCAGGAUUGCAUGACUCUGCAUAUAAUGGAUCAAAAAGCAGCUCUCCGGUGAAAGAUCAAAGUCAAAGCACAAAGCACCAGGAACUUCCUGAUGAGGUUUCUCAAGAUGAUGAUCAGAGCAAAGCCAGAGCAGAGGAUGAAGCUGAUAGCCACACAUGGUCCAGAGAGGGGCUUAGCAGCAGUGGCGUGUCGGAUGAGCGGAGCAGCCAGGUUGUCAGUGAGGAGGAAGAAACGGCAGAUGUUUUUUGCUGUACUUGCAAGACACCAAUUCGAGCUUUUGACAAACUGUUUGGUGAGCACAAGGAUCAUGAAGUGGCUCAAUUAUCCACUGCAGUGGAAAGUGAAAAGGAGGAGAUUCAUAAAAACAUGUGCAAAUUGGAAGAGCAGAUUGCUCAGGUGGAGAACUUUGCCAGUCACUUGGAAGAGAUCUUCAUUACUGUAGAGGAGAAUUUUGGGAGGCAGGAGCAGAACUUCGAGGUUCAUUACAAUGAUGCAGUGCAAGUACUUGCUCAGAAAUAUGAAGAACAGUUGGAAGCACUGGGAGAAGAGAAGAGGCAGAAGCUGGAAGCACUGUAUGAGCAGCUGGUCAGUUGUGGGGAACAUCUUGACACCUGCAAGGAGCUGAUGGAUACAACCCACAAGCUUUACCAGGAAAAUGACAAAGUCACUUUUAUAAAGGAAGCAGUAACCAUGGUUGACAGAUUGGAAGAAUUCUUAAAGAAAGAAGUGAAUUUAAAGCUUUCAACACAUCCAGACUUCGAAGAGCGUGCCAUAGAUUUCUCAGAAGUUGAACAACUAAUGAACUCCAUUAAUACUGUUCCAGCUCCUUGUGCCCCUGUGAUCAAUCCCCAGGCUCCCAAUGCAGCAACUGGCACCUCACUGAGAGUUUGCUGGGGUCUCUUCUCAGAUGACACUGUGGAGUGCUACCAGCUCUGCUAUAAACCAGUGAGCAAUGAGAGGCACAGUGAUGAACAAGCAGAGAAUAUGCUAAAAGUCAAAGAAACAUACUGCACCAUUUCUAAUCUGUUGCCGAAUACACAAUAUGAGUUUUGGGUCAGUGCUUUAAAUGCUUCAGGCAUCAGUCCACCAAGUGAAAGAGCUGUUUAUGUAACAGCUCCUUCACCACCUAUCAUUAAGAGUAAAAAGAUACGAAGCUGUGAAAAUGCAGCACUCGUGUGCUGGGAAUCUAGAGACGUUAAUCCUGUUGAUUCCUACACGGUCGAAUUGUCCAAGCUGACAGAUAAAGAAAAUGGUGACGUUAUUACUGAAUCAAUUGUUGGGAUUCCUAAUUGUGAAGCCCUAAUUCACCUGCAGCCAGCACAAAGCUAUCACAUUUCUGUUAAAGCCCUAAACCUGGGUGGUUCCAGUGAGAAAAGUGAACCUGUCCUGAUACACACCACAGGCACCUACUUCUGUCUUAAUGAGGACACAGCCCAUCCUUUAUUGGCAAUUCUAGAUGAUGGAUUUACAAUUGCAUGUGAUGAACUGGAAAACCCAGAGUGUGAUCUGCCUGUUUAUGAUAAUAGCUUUACAAGGUGUAUCGGGAUCCUAGGCAGUCUGAUCCCUUUUCCAGGAAAGCAUUACUGGGAAGUGGAAGCUGAGGAAGAUACAGAAUACAGAGUUGGCGUGGCUUUUGAAAACACUCCAAGACAUGGUUAUCUGGGGGCAAACAACUCAUCCUGGUGCAUGAGGCACAUCAUCACACCAUCAAGGCACAAGUACGAAUUCCUGCACAGUGGAAUGACACCAGACAUCAGAAUUACUGUCCCCCCCACAAAGAUUGGUAUCCUGCUGGACUAUGAAAGCUACAGACUGUCAUUUUACAAUGCUGAUAUUGCCCAGCACCUUUACACGUUCAACUCACACUUUCAGCAUUAUGUCCAUCCCUGCUUUGCUUUGGAAACACCUGGUACCCUAAAGGUACAUACUGGUAUUACAGUACCCCCAUGGACUGCCCUCCUAUAAGUCUGCGUUCCUCAACAGUCCUAUCCACAUAUAACAAACACUGAGAAAUUCUCUCUUUCAGCAUUGUCCCACCAUACUCCCUAAAAUCCAGCUCUCUCCCAAGAGAGCAAAGCAUCCCUGACCCAGACAAUCUGCCAAGCCUAAGCCUUUGGACAAUUUUAUCUCAUCUUAGGCAGCAUUUUAGAAGAAAACCAUUACGGUCGCAGGACUCAUCAGCACCCUGGAGCUGUUUGCAGAAUUCUUUAGGGUUAGAAGCAGAUAUCAUCCUUCCCACAAGUGACACCAAGCACCAGUGACAGAUGCAUUACUGGUUCCCCCAGUACCCAUUUUAUGUCUGGGGAACUCUCCUGUUCCACAGCAAUCAUUAACUCCACUCUUGUGUCUUCUGAGAAGCUAAAAAUCAACAAAAAGCCAAAAUAGCAAAAGGCACAAUCACUAUACAGAUGCUAGACAAAGCUGAAAACACUCUUAACUACGAAGCUGAUCUUACAAUCAAGUACUCUUGCUGUUACACAGUCUGCACAAGAUAAUCAACUACACCUCCCCUGUGUGUGAACUGUGAGCACAUACCAUAUACAGCAGGAGGAUUGAAACAGUGAUGCAUAUUGAAAUAAUCAAGGAUGCCCUAAAGUCUCAAACAUGAAAACAAACAAAAAAACAUCCUUACCCAAUGGCUAUGCUUCUCAUUUAUUUAUCUAGGGAAAAAGCAAAAAAACAAAAUCACAUAGGUGCCUUUUGCAGUGCUUGGCUGCCCAUACAUAAAAGUCUGAAUCAUCCUUUUUUUUUUUGUGGCCAUCCUCACCUCUGCCUUGCUAUGUUCUCUACUCACAAAUUCUUCCCCCAUUCCUCAGCACAAAGAGCUUUUGAUCUCUGAUGCUGUGCCCCUGAAGCUUCAGGCCUCCAUUGUAUGCUGACAGUAGCAGCACUGGCGCAGUGCUCAACCAGAACAUCCUUGGUUAGACCUUAUUUCCAGAUUCCAGACAGUUGGACUGGUACUACCUGUCAAGCAGGCUUGUCUAGCUCUCAACAGCCUCACUUGUGGGUGUCAAAACAACCAGAAUUUAAGCAAGAGUCAUUAACAGAUAGCUUUUCAACAGAUUUAUUGUACAUUCAUUACAAAAAUAAUUGGUUCAAAUUUUCUAUUCUAGCGGUUUGUCAGGAACAGGUUGUCUCUACAGUAGACACGGUCCUUAUAAAUAAAGCUUGGCAAAAUUUAGAGAGACUUGAUGUAGAAAUGUGUGCCAAAAGCUUGUCUGUUUUUCUCCAAAUGGCUGAGAAAUGAAGAAAUGCGUUUCCGCAAAAUAAGCUUUUCAGAAACCAUGAAAACAGGAGCAGAAUAUGCUCUUAGAACAGUGAUUAGUGCCUUCUUCAUUUGAAUACUGACUUACAGCUUGAAAAACAAAACGGGUUUUGUUUUUGGCAGCACUGAACUAUGCAAGUAUAGCUUCAUUUCUUAGCCCACCAGGAAUUCACAGACUUCCAAGACAGAAAAGUGCUGUUAUGAUUAUCUUGUCCAACCUCCUAUGAGGCAGGUCAGACAAUUUCAGUGUCUUGCAAUGAGCACAACUUGUGUCUCCUACAAACAGGUGACUAAGCCUGCAACCACUGUUAAUACACAGGGCACAAGGUGGCCAGGUGAGCAAUGCUAACAUAUUGAAAGGCUGUACCAGAGAACAGCAGCUAAAGUGUACAGUGAACAAAGCAGU